AUGGCGCCCAAGAAAGCGAAGAAGACCGCUGAUAGCAUUAACUCUCGGCUUGCGCUGGUCAUGAAAUCUGGCAAGGUCACUCUUGGCUACAAGUCGACGCUGAAAUCUUUGCGCUCUGGCAAGGCCAAGCUUGUCAUCAUUGCCGGCAAUACUCCACCUCUUCGAAAAAGCGAGCUUGAAUACUACUCAAUGCUGUCAAAAACAAAUGUUCACCAUUUUGCGGGCAACAACGUGAGCACACCUCCAGUCGAUCACCCUGCGAAGAAGCUUCUACGGGGCUUUGGAGGGUCAAAACGCUGA